AUGUCGAUUCGACCGUCCAAACUGAUACGUAGCGAAAUAGUCAAGACAAACAACAAAAAUUCCAACUUGACGGUCCAAGAUGUCGACAGAAUGAGGUGCAACGUCGGCGCCGCCCGUAGAAAGUGCAUGCCCAAGUUACCAAAGACGCUAUCUCAAUUUCACGAGGCCCUCGACGGGCUGAACUUGGUGACGCGGGACAGUGAAAAAUUUGUCUUGUACAACGACAAAACCACCAAUAUCGUUUUAUUCUCGACGGACACAAAUUUGCGCAACUUGACGCGACUGACCAGAAUUUUCCUGGACGGCACGUUCUACUGCUGCCCGAGAUUUUUCAAACAGUUGAUAACGAUCCACGCGUACCACAACCACACGUACGUGCCACUGGCCUUUUUUUUACUCCCCAACAAAAAAGCCGACACUUACGAAAGAGCACUGAUGAUAUUGCAAAGCGAGUGCCGAAGAUUGCAGCUGCUGUUUCGGCCGCAAGUGAUGUUUGUUGACUUUGAGCUUGCCAUCCACGAGGCCAUUCGCAAAGUUUUGCCAGGCGUUAGCGUAUGGGGCUGCCGGCACCAUUUGGCCCAGAUUUGGUGGAAAAAAAUACAAAGCCUCCGGCUGACAAGGGUGUACAAGAAAAGCGAUUCCGAGAUCGGGGAUUUCCUCAAGUGCUUCUUUGGCCUGCCGUUUUUGGAUCCCUAUGACAUCGAGGAUUGCUUUACGGACGAUUUGAUGAGUAUUAUGCCGAGGAAUCCGGCAGUGGAAGACUUUUGCGACCACAUCUUGCACGAUUAUGUUUCGACGGAAGCUCCGUUUCCACCGACGGUGUGGUCGAAAUUAUCGUGCGACCUGCGUCGCACCACCAACGAAUGCGAAUCCUUCCAUUCGCACGUGAACAGCGAGUUUUGUUCGCCGUAUCCGAAUUUGUUUAACUUCACGGCGGUUCUUAUAGACGUGCAGGCCGAAGUAUCCAUCAAAAUGAGAAGUACCGAUGCGCAAUCUAAUAAGCUCAUGCAAGAGAAAGAGGUUUUGUUGAAAGAAGAAAUGAUAAAUUAUAAACAAGGAAUGAUUACUCGGCUAGAGUACAUUAAAAAUGUUUCCCAAAUAUUCCAAUUCACCAAUAAAUGA